UUGUGAACUGUUACUUUCACUUUAUUGUCUCGGACCGGUGGCGCAGCAACAACUGCACCUGGACAGUUGGUGGCACAGAGUCUUUGACUUCAGCAGAACUCCUUAGAGAUUAGAGGAGAGAGUCGAGCAACACUGACACAAGACAGUUGGUGGCACAGAGUCUUUGACUUCAGCAGAACUCCUUAGAGAUUAGAGGAGAGAGUCGAGCAACACUGACACAAGACAGUUGGUGGCACAGAGUCUUUGACUUCAGCAGAACUCCUUAGAGAUUAGAGGAGAGAGUCGAGCAACACUGACACAAUGUCCACACAAAGCACUUCAUCGAGUUCAUCACCAGCAGAAAGCACAAUCAAACAACCCUCUGCGAUUAGAAUUAUGCUGCUGGGGAAGAGUGACAACGAUAAGACAAAACUUGGUAAUUUUAUGCAAAAGGAUCCAGAAUUUCAAGUUCAAAAACAGUCCCAGAAUAAGCAUUGCAUUUCUGGAGAGUGGAGAGGAAAAUCAUUAACAGUAGUGAAAGCUCCAAACAUCUUCAGUCUGUCUGUGGAGACAGUGAGAGAAGAGAUGAGGAAGUACAUCAAUCUUUGUCCUCCUGGACCAAAUGUUCUGCUGCUGUUAGUGAAGGUUUCAAAGUUCACUGAGGAGAACAGACAAACACUGAAGUUCAUCCUGAGUUUGUUUGGUCAAGAUGCUUUUAAACACUCAAUGGUCAUCAUGAAUGACAAAUACUGUGAACAAAAUGGCUCUGUUAAUCAACUCAUUGAAGAAUGUGGAAAAAAGCAACACAGCAUGUUUGCAAAUGACCACACAUUGUUAAUGGAGAAGAUUAAGAACAUUGUUCUUAAAAACAAAGGAACCUUCCUCACCUUCACUGAAGAGACCAUCAGACCAAAGUCUGAACAUAUCAAACCAGCUUUAAACCUGGUUCUGUGUGGGAGGAGAGGAGCAGCUAAGACUUCAGCAGCCAAGGCCAUUUUAGGUCAGACAGAGUUUCAUUCAGUCUCCGUCUCAUCAGAGUGUGUUAAACAUCAGAGAGAGGUGUGUGGACGUUGGGUUUCCCUGGUGGAGCUGCCUGCCUUGUAUGGAAAACCUCAGGAGGCAGUGAUGGAGGAAUCACUCAGGUGUAUCUCCCUCUGUGAACCUGAGGGCGUCCAUGUCUUCAUCCUGGUCCUACCUGUGGGUCCCCUCACUGAUGAAGACAAGAGAGAGUUAAAGACCAUCCAGAAUACAUUCAGCUCUCGAGUCGAUGACUUCACCAUGAUUCUGUUCACUGUGGAGUCAGAUCCUGCAGCUCCAGCUGUUGUUAACUUUCUAAAGGAAAACAAGGACAUCCAGGAGCUCCGUCAGAGCUGUGGAGGAAGAGAUGUUGUUCUCAACAUCAAGGACAAGCAGCAGAUCCCAGAGCUGCUGGACAUGGUGGACAAGAUGAGACAAUCUGAAAAUAAACCAUCCUGCUAUACAGCUGUAACAUUUGCACAUGCACAAAUGGAAAAAGUCAUACAACUUGAGAGACUGAUGAAGAAGAACAAGAUCACUUGUGAUGAUGAGGAGCAGAGACCAGAGAGUCUCAGGAUUAUGCAGCUAGGAAAGACUGGAAGUGGAAAGAGCUCUACAGGAAACACCAUUCUAGGAAGAAAAGAGUUUAAAGCCAAAUCAAGUCAAACAUCAGUCACCAAACAUUGUCAGAAAGCACAGAGUACAGUGGACGGUCGUCCGGUCGUUGUGGUCGACACUCCUGGUCUGUUUGACACAACUUUGUCCCAUGAAGAGGUUUAUGAGGAGAUGGUGAAAUGCAUCAGUCUUCUGGCUCCAGGACCACAUGUCUUCCUGUUGGUGUUACAGAUCGGCAGACCAGAGGAGAAGGAGACAUUAAAACUCAUCAAGGAAGGCUUUGGGAAGAAUGCUGAAAAGUUCACCAUCAUUCUUUUAACUGGAGGAGAUAAACUAAAGCAGGAUAAAGUUUCCAUUGAAGAAUACAUUGAACAGGACUGUGAUGAUUCCUUUAAGAAGCUGAUCUCUGACUGUGGAGGAAGAUACCAUGUGUUUAAUAACUAUGAUGAAGAAAACCGCACACAAGUCAGUGAGCUGAUAACCAAGAUUGACAGCAUGGUGAAGGAAAAUGGAGGCAGCUGCUACACCAAUGAGAUGCUGCAAGAGGCCGAGGCAGCUAUAAAGAAAGAAAUGGAGAGAAUCCUGAAGGAGAAGGAAGAAGAGAUGAAGAGAGAGAGGGAGGAGCUUCAAAGAAAACAUGAGGAGGAAAUGGAAGAGAUGGAAAGAAGAAUGGAAGAGCAGAGAGCAGAAACUGAAAAGGAAAGAGAAAUGAGAGAAAAACAACUUAAAGAAAAGGAGGAGAAGAUAAAGAAGGAACAUGAGGAGAGAAAGAAAGAACAGGAAGUAAGAGAAGAAGAAGAAGACAUGAAGAGAAAACAACAGGAAGAAAUUCAACGACAGGAGUGGGAACGAAAAACAGAAGCUUUGGAGCAACAAAUAAAGUUAAAAUCAGAGGAAAAGGAAAUGAUUGACAGAAAGCUGAAGGAGAGCAGAGAAGAGAUGAGAAAAGAACGAGAGAACUGGGAGAAAACACAAAAAGAAUGGUGGAAAAAACAAAAACAAGAAGAAGAACAGAGACGACAAGAGGAAGAAACUAGACUUAGAAAGCUUCAAGAAGAAUAUGAACAGGAAAGAGAAAAUUAUGAGAAGAAAAGAAAUGAAGAGGACAGAAUCAGAAGAGAACAAGAGGAAAAAGAGAAAGAAGAACAGAGAGCAGAAAUUGAAAAGGAGAGACAACUGAGAGAAAAAGAACUUAAAGAAAAGGAGGAGAAGAUAAAGAAGGAACGUGAGAAGAGAAAGAAAGAACAGGAAAUGAGAGAAGAAGAAGACAGGAAGAGAAAACAAAAAGAAGAAAUUCAACGACAGGAGUGGGAACGAAAGGUUGAAGCUUUGGAGAAAAACAUAAGAUCAGAGUCAGAAUCAAAGGAAACAAUUGACAGAAAGCUGAAGGAGAGCAGAGAAGAGAUGAGAAAAGAACGAGAGAAAUAUGAGAGAGAACAAAGAGAAUGGUGGGAAAAACGAUGUCAAGAAGAAGAACAGAGACGACAGGAGGAACAAACAAGACUUAGAAAGCUUCAAGAAGAAUACAAACAAGAAAGAGAAAAUUAUGAAAAGAAAAGAAAGGAAGAGGACAGAAUCAGAAGAGAACAAGAGGAAAAAAGGAAAAAAGAACAGAGAGCAGAAAUUGAAAAGGAGAGAAAACUGAGAGAAAAAGAACUUAAAGAAAAGGAGGAGAAGAUAAAGAAGGAACGUGAGGAGAGAAAGAAAGAACAGGAAAUGAGAGAAGAAGAAGACAAGAAGAGAAAACAACAGGAAGAAAUUCAACGACAGGAGUGGAAACGAAAGGUUGAAGCUUUGGAGCAAAAUAUAAGAUCAGAGUCAGAAUCAAAGGAAACCAUUGACAGAAAGCUGAAGGAGAGCAGAGAAGAGAUGAGAAAAGAACGAGAGAACUGGGAGAAAACACAAAGAGAAUGGUGGAAAAAACGAAAACAAGAAGACGAACAGAGACGACAGGAGGAACAAACAAGACUUAGAAAGCUUCAAGAAGAAUAUGAACAGGAAAGAGAAAAUUAUGAAAAGAAAAAACUGGAAGAGGACAGAAUUAGACGAGAACAAGAGGAAAAAGAGAAAAGACAUCAAGGAGAACUAUAAGAAAGAAAUGGAGGAUCUGAAGAAGACAUAUGAAGAGGAGGCCAGAAAGAAAGCUGAAGAGUUUAAUGAAUUCAAAGAGAAAUACACCAAGGAGUUUACAGCUCAGAAGAAACAGCAUGAGGCAGAAAUGACAGAGAAAGAUAAACAAUUUGACUUCUUAAAGGCACUUUCAGCUCACAAAGAAGAACAAAUGAAGCAAGUAUAUCGAGGUAAAAUUUCUGAAGUCUUGAAAUGUGUGACCAAAAAGAAAGACAAUAAGAAACGAAUCAAGCGCUUACUGGAAAAACAUGAACAAGAAAUGAAGAAUAAGAAAAAUGAGGAGGAAAAGAAAAAUCUGCAUGAAACACAUGACAAACAAAUAAGUGAACUGAUAGAGGAACUUAUGAAACAAGACGGCACAAGCUGUCCCAUAUUAUGAGGCUUUGUUUCAUGUCUCAUCAACAGAGCAUCCAACGAAGGUUAAAAUCAAGGGCAACUGGACUUGGUUGAGGAUCCUGGAAGACGUUUCGUCCCUCAUCCAAAGGACUUC